CUAGAGGUGGAUAGGGAGAGGGGGACUCCUCACGGCAGCAGCAGCAGCGGGGGGGAGACAGAGAGAGGGAGACCCCUCACAUCAGCAGCGGGGAUAGGGAGAGGGGGACUCCUCACGGCAGCAGCAGCAGCUACAUCGGUGAGUGGGAGAUCCCUCGCUGACAUCAGCGGGGUGGAGGAAACGCGUAGCGACUGGGGGCUGACCGGUUUUACAACACAAGACCUGUGAUUUUACAAGAACAACGUGCUGUAGGAAUACUCGACGGCACAGUACUGCAGUUUUAGGUGCGGAGAGCAGUAUUAGAAGCCAGAUGCAACAUGACGAACAUCAAUGGGCACCGGCCACUGAGGACGCGUCUGCUGGGAGCUGCGGGCCCGUGGCACGCGGCGGCGAUGGAGCGCUCGAGAGAGAUGCCGGCACCCGGCCGCUUCGAGGGCGGCGACACGUCGCGCACUCGCUGGACCCACGAGGAGACGCUGGCGCUGCUCUCCAUCCUCAAGCAGAUGAACGUGGGCGGCGCGAUGGACGCGCGCAACCAGCGCAACACUCCCUUCUUCCUGCGCGUCAUGGAGCUGCUACGCCAGCGCGGUAUCGCCUGCUGGACCCUGACGCAGGUGCGCGUGCGCUGGAAGAACCUCAAGGCGCGCUACCUGAUGGCGCGGAGGGCUCGCGAGCGUGGCGGGGGAGGUGGCGGUGGCAUUGGAGGUGGCGGAGCGAGGGACCGCGGCAAGGGCGCCUUCGCCUACUUCAAGGAGAUCAACGAGAUCAUCGGAGGGCGGCCGUGCGUGGCCAUCACUCGGGAGGGCGACGGUGCUGGCGUCGCUGGUGAUCGGCACGUGGAGCCCGACGAGCGACGGUGCUACGGUGCGGACUCGGCUUUAGUUUCUAUUUUAAUCUUUUCCCUCGGUUCCGUCUCGUUUGUGCUGUCGGUGUAAUGUCAAGAGAGGAAGGAUCGGUUCGGAUCCCCCGCAGAGCAGGGCAAUGCUGCGUGCUGCAGAAUGGUCCGUGGAAUAUCAGCUGCGUCUGAAAUCUCAUCACGUGACCGCCAAGAGUAAUGUUUGCUGUACGGUAUAAAAAAAUAUUUUAAUUCUCAGAGGUAGAAUUUUGUCAAUUUAACUGUAGAAUUGUAUGACAAUGUUAAAAAAACAAUUCCAGGCUGAGACCAUCGGCUCAUUUCACAAAGAACCCAGUUUAAGCACAGGCAGCUGCUACUCCAGCCCAUGAUCUGAGUGGUGCCACCAGACAGUUUUAUUUGUGUCCCAUGGUUGUGUGGUGAUGAAACCGAUGCUGGGUCGCCAGUUAAAAAAUAAUGUCACCCAUUUGUCCAGGAGAACCUUACUGAGUCUCAAGACUACUUCUGGAGGGUCCUGGAUUGUGAUGAUUUAGUCGCCUGCAUUGUUUUAGUAAAUGGCUUUAUCUGGAAGGACACUGAUAUACUCCGACGGAGAACUCGCCAUUCACAUGACAGGAUAGCACCCACAUGUCCACAGAGAUGGGUUCACAAAUCCACCUUCUCUAAAAAAACUAUCUUGCUCAACCAUGCUGAGGACAGAGAUUAUUGGUGGGUCAUGGUUAAAAUAUAUUGGGCAGCACUGGGAGCCAAGCUAAGGCAUUCUAAUAAUGCCAGGUGGUGCGGAAGGAAUGUUACGCGGAUGAGGGCGUGUGUUUGCCCAGA